CUACGUUCCGGUCUGAUGAGCCAAUCACAGCCCUGCUGCUCCAUGAUUCCGGUCUCACCCCCGCAGGCUCUUCUCUCUCCCCCGCGUGCCCCCUCCCCUUUGACAGAUGCUUGCUGCAGCCCAUCAGGGCGCGAGCUGAGAGAGACUGAGGGAUCCUGCUCACCUGGACCAAUGAGAACGCGCGCUGAGAGAACCUUACCUUUUAUGGACAAUGCCAGCAGUCCCACGAGCGCGAAUAAAACCUGUGCGCAGGGUGGAGAUGCUGCAUUCACCGAGCACAGCUGGGGCAGAGAAACACCUGCGAACCUUCACUUUCAGACACACCCGAGACUCACCUGCACAGACAUGGAUGACGAAAUCGCCGCCCUGGUUGUUGACAACGGCUCCGGCAUGUGCAAAGCCGGUUUUGCCGGAGACGACGCCCCCCGCGCCGUCUUCCCCUCCAUCGUGGGUCGCCCCAGACAUCAGGGCGUGAUGGUAGGAAUGGGACAGAAGGACAGCUACGUGGGAGACGAGGCUCAGAGCAAGAGAGGUAUCCUGACCCUGAAGUACCCCAUCGAGCACGGCAUCGUCACCAACUGGGACGACAUGGAGAAGAUCUGGCAUCACACCUUCUACAACGAGCUGAGAGUGGCACCUGAGGAGCAUCCAGUCCUGCUGACCGAGGCUCCCCUCAACCCCAAAGCCAACAGGGAGAAGAUGACACAGAUCAUGUUUGAGACCUUCAACUGUCCCGCCAUGUACGUCGCCAUCCAGGCCGUGCUGUCCCUGUACGCCUCCGGUCGUACCACAGGUAUCGUGCUGGACUCUGGUGAUGGUGUCAGCCACACUGUGCCCAUCUAUGAGGGUUACGCUCUGCCUCACGCCAUCCUGCGUCUGGAUCUGGCUGGCAGAGAUCUGACCGACUACAUGAUGAAGAUCCUGACUGAGAGAGGCUACAGCUUCACCACCACAGCCGAGCGUGAGAUCGUGCGUGACAUCAAGGAGAAGCUCAGCUACGUGGCCCUGGACUUUGAGCAGGAGAUGCAGACCGCAGCUUCCUCCUCCAGUCUGGAGAAGAGCUACGAGCUUCCUGACGGACAGGUGAUCACCAUCGGAAACGAGAGGUUCCGCUGUCCCGAGACGCUCUUCCAGCCUUCAUUCAUCGGUAUGGAGUCCGCUGGUAUCCACGAAACAACCUACAACAGCAUCAUGAAGUGUGACGUGGACAUCCGUAAAGACCUGUACGCCAACACCGUGCUGUCCGGCGGUACCACCAUGUUCCCCGGCAUCGCCGACCGUAUGCAGAAAGAGAUCACAGCCCUCGCUCCACCCACCAUGAAAAUCAAGAUCAUCGCUCCCCCAGAGAGGAAGUACUCUGUCUGGAUCGGUGGCUCCAUCCUGGCCUCCCUCUCCACCUUCCAGCAGAUGUGGAUCAGCAAGCAGGAGUACGACGAGUCCGGCCCCUCCAUCGUCCAUCGCAAGUGCUUCUAGAAAACCGGCCGUCCUCCUCCUCCUCGCCCUCAGCCCCGGCGGAGACGCUGAAGUGCUUCACGGCUGUUCCAUCCAAACGUCUCUGGUUUCUCUCGUGUGAACAGACUAAAAGAUGCAAGACGCCACAUACGAGGUGAAUCCAGCGACUGUUUACGUUUCAACGUCGACUCGGCAGAUCCAAGCAACUACACCUCCUACCAACUUUCAAACAACAUUUCUCAACAUCCUCCUGGUCCUCACUUCUCCUGGUGAUAAACUAAAGUCAAAGAAAGCAAACAGUAUUAUCACUAAACAUCUUUUUCUACUCCUCUUUUUGUACCUCUCUGACAAUCUCUUACAGUGAACUGGACACCAGUUUACUGCUUCUUGUUCAUUCUGUCUCUUGACUCGGUCAGAGUCGAGCUGUAUCCGUACUCAAGAUGAGUGUUUACUUUAUCAAUAAAAUGCCAACAUUUGAUGUUUA